AAGGAGAGUUGGCUGCUGCCCAUUACCAGCGUGCAAUACAGCUGAAACCAGCACAUUACGUUGCCAUGGCGAACCUGGGUCGUCUUCUGCGAGCGUCUAAUGAGAACGAUGAGGCGGAGUCCUGGUUUAAACGAGCGCUGCAGAUAGCCAGGAAGGUGGAUGUCCUCACCCCCCUCGGAGCGUUGUACUACAACACAGGCCGCUUCUCUGAGGCCCUGCAGGUGUACAGAGAGGCAGCUGCUCUGCAGCCACACAGCACCGACAUCCUGCUGGCCUUGGCUCAGGUGUUGGUCAUGACCGGCCACAGCACAGAGGCCGAACAGAUGACGCAGGACGUCAUCUCCAGAGAGGGCGGCUGCAUCGAGUGUUACCGCCUCCUGUCCGCCAUCUACAGCAAGCGUGGAAACCACACCGAGGGAGACUAUGCGACGGCCAGAACCUACUACCAGCAGGCCUUGCUCCUCAACCCCUCCUCCAAGCUUCUGAAGGAGAACUUAGCCAAGCUGGACCGGCUGGAGAAGAAGACUGCAGGAGCCACAUAA